GUUUUGUAAGGUGAAACGUGUUGAAAGAGCUAACAUGGCUGGCUAGCCUAGCAUGGAUAGCUUGCUACCGACAGUUUACCUUCACUGAGCGGUGUGACACAUCGAAAGUCUCGCAAUAGUCAUGUUUCGUCCAGUCUGAAGAGUCCUUCAGCUCAGGUCUGGCGCUCCGUUUCGCCUCUUUGAUCCUUUUCUUACUUUUAUGGUUCAUUCCUGCGAAUUUAGGCACUUGAGCUAGCUAACUAGACUGGGGUGCAUAGACAAACACAUUUGCUAGCUUAACUUGCUAGUAACUAUAUUGAAGCGAACGUUAGUUGAGUGGCUAGUCUUUAUUUAAAGUUAAACGGUAAGCAACUCCAUACGAGUACUUUGUUGGUGUUACUGAAACACGACACGUUGGCCUUAAAAAUAAAAUGUUCCUCUAAGCGCAAUUUUAAUAGCGAGGAGGAAGCUGCCCGGAUGAAAUUAGCUAAGCAGCUAACUACAACAACGCUCUUGCAACCAAACCCGGGGUCCCUACCAUUUGAAGCCCGCCCACCCAGUGAGCCGUAGGAAGCUCGUUGGUCACAUAUAAGAGCGAGCCAUAAAACCGAUUGGAUAAAAUGUCAAAUACGCCUUCCCACCAGUGAUUAGCACAUGUCAUUGGCUGUAUACGUUCUAGGUUUUCCCGUCCUCCAGCAGAGUCGCAAGCGUGUCUGUUUUUUAGAAGAGAAGGGUUUUAUGAUAGUAAACGUAACGUUUUACCACUGAAUUGAUUUACUAACUCUCACUUUCACAAUUGGGAUGGUAAAUGGAAAACAGAGCAACUGAGAUGUCCAACAUCGUGCAGAAAUCGUUCACAUUCGAAGACCCGAAGCAAUCACUGAAUGUUUCCAUCCCUGAGGUCCUUGACCCACAAUAUGGGAUGCAUGUAUGGCCCUGUGCAGUGGUAUUAGCACAAUAUGUGUGGACACACAGGGAAGAGCUGAUGCACAAAACAGUGCUAGAGCUUGGGGCUGGCGUGAGCUUACCUGGUGUGGUGGCAGCAAAGUGUGGGGCACAAGUGAUCUUGUCAGACAGUGCAGAACUUCCACUGUGUCUGGAGAACUGUAGGCGCACCUGUGAAGUGAAUGAACUGCCCAAUGUGCUUGUGGUGGGUAUUACCUGGGGAGAAGUCUCCCCAGACCUUCUGCUCCUCCCGCCAUUAGACAUCAUCUUGGGAUCAGACGUUUUCUAUGAGCCUCAAGAUUUUGAAAAUGUCCUGGUGACCAUCUCCUUCCUCUUGAGAAAAAACCCUGAGGCCCAAUUUUGGACAACUUACCAAGAGAGAAGCGCCGACUGGUCCAUAGAGGCAUUGCUGCACAAAUGGAACUUGAAGUGUCUCAACAUUCCACUGGAGAAAUUCCAUGCCAACAAAGAUCAACUAGCUGGGUCAACACUUCCUGGAAGCCAUACUGUACAAAUGAUUAUAACUGACAAGGAAAGCUGAAUGAGAGACUAUUGUCAAUUUACCCUUCAGUUACUACCAGCAAGGCACAUUCAAAGUCAAAUAGUCAAGACGCAAUACAAGAUCAAUGGUUCAAAACUCAAUGAAUUAUAAAAUAGCUUAAGUUGUAGUGUUCUGUUAAAGUUAAUAAAAUGAUAACCCAAAUGUUUUUGAAGACAAUUUUUAUUAGCUUUCACAUUGGACACCUAUACAGACUCUUGCAAGGGGGGAAAGGAAUGCACAAAGGGCAAGACAGAAUGCAUUAAACAAAAUUAGCACACCAUACUUAGUGCUCUGAAUAAAAGAACAUUUAAACUUGUUGAAAGACAGGCAUUCUACCGAUGGUGAAUUUGUAGCAAUCAUUUAAGUUGGCCACCAUCACAGCAUUGUAGCCACAGGGGCAUUCCGGAGAACACUGGAAACAGCCAAGCACUGCAACACGCCACCUUAACAGCUAACCAGCAAUACUCAACUGCUACACAACUGCGCCUAGUGCACAAAAAAUACAGGAGAGAAGAUUAGAGUCACAAUGAAAUGAAACAAAGCUACAUAGCAAAGUUGACCUGCAAGUAAAUCCAUGCCUGGUUCUUUGCAUACUUAUUCUAAAAGCCCUAUCCAUUUGAACUUCUAACAGCCAACCCUAUAACAACUGUCUUCAUGAAACCCAAAA